CGCAAACACGAUGAGCUCGGGCCGUUGUGACGUAGUCGCGCGUAGGCUGUAUUUCCUGCAGGCUGACGGCCACAACAGCUAGAUGUGUGUAGGUGCAGUUGGGAGGGAUAUUCGCGAGCCUCCGCUGCCCCCACCAGCCAGGCAGCAGCAGCGCGUGCGCCGGCGCAGAGCCGUCAGUUUUGUUGCACCUCGCGCCCUCCUCGUGCGCCUCUACGCCGCCUCAAACAAGUGUACUCGAAACGAAACCUUUCUGUGAUAUAGUGUUAAUUAAGCUUACCUCAAAAACUUAGAAAAUAUAAGUGUGCAUCUCAAAUAUUACGAUGAUUAGUGCUGUGUUGUGAACAGUUUAACCCACUUCUGUGUGAAUAUACGAAGACCUCUCCAACACAAUAACACUGUAGCGAUAUAUUUUAAUACUUUCUACAUAAUGUCAACAACAAUUACGGUAUGCUGCUUCUUCUUCAUCCUAACCACAUCAGGCUUCGUGACAUGUUUGUCAGUGGUGGGUCCGCGCGUGCUGCGACCUCACACGUCGUACAAGGUAUCGAUAGCGGGCAGCUCUCGCGCCCACAACCUAUAUGUAGCCGUGGAGCGGGAGGGCGGGCCCUUCAGCCAGGGGCGAGAGGUGCAGGUGCCAGCCGCCACUUCCAGGCUGCUAGAACUUGAUAUCGGGGACCCUGGUCCAGGGCGAUACCGCCUUGUAGCGCGCUCUACUUCGGGGCCACAAUUCGCUUCCUCCGCGCCGCUGCUCUACCAGCCGCGCAGUUUCUGCGUCUUCGUGCAGACUGACAAACGUGUCUACAAGCCCGAGGAUACCAUUAACUUUAGAGUUAUCGCAUUAGAUAAGUAUUUGUUGCCGCUGAACACAUCAGUGGACGUGAGCAUCCUGGAUGCGGGCGGCGCAGCAAUACGCGAGUGGGCUGCGGCGCCGCUCGACCGCGGUCUCUUCGCCGACACACUUGCUCUCGCCGACCAGCCUGCGCUCGGCGAGUGGACCAUACAGGUGGAGGUGCGCGGUCAGAAGUAUUCGCAGCGUAUCCUGGUGGCAGACUAUGUGUUGCCUAAGUUCCAGAUGGAAAUGAAAAUGCCCAAAGAGAUACUCUUCAGUGAUGGAAAAUUUAACAUCAAUGUUACUGCUAAGCAUUUUAAUGGGUUGCCAGUACAAGGAGAGUUGACGAUAUCCGCGUACGCAGUUUUCUUCUCGGGAGUACUCCAGCCGGUGUUUUCAACUCCUGCAAGGAAAGUGGUAGACUUGAACGGCCAAGCUGAAGUUACUUUCGACCUCAAAACUGACCUCGAUCUCGCAGAAGAUGCGGCCAGGCCUUUGGUAGUCGAAGCCGUACUCGAAGAAAAAUAUACAUUGAUACGACAAAAUAUUUCAUCGAGAAUACUUCUUUUACGAACGCCCUAUCGAUUGAAAGUUACCGCACCGGAUUACUUUAAACCACAACUGCCAUACGUCGUUCAGAUCGAGGUGGUGAACUCGAGCGGGCAGGUGAUGGACACUGAGGGCGACGUGAUGGUGGAGCAGCUUUGGGACGACGGAGCGCCCGCCAACCGCACCACCGUUUCCUUCCGCAAGGGGUUGGCCAUCUACGAGACGGUGCCCGACGCAGCACACAAUAACUCCACCAUGAAUUUAGUGAUAAAAUACAAGGAGGUGACGGAGCGUGUGGUGAACGUGGUGAGCGGGUCCGGGGGCGGAGCGGCGCUGAGCGUGCAGCUGCUGAGCGCGGCCGGAGACAGCGGCGAGCUGAGCGCGCGCAUCGCCGCCAACGAGCCCAUGGACCUGCUGCACUACGCGCUCGUCGCACGCGGAGAUAUACUGCUCGCAGAAACACUCGAGCUAAACCCGGGGCGACGCACCGUAGAGGUGCGGGUGCCGGUGGGGCGCGGCGCGGCGCCGGGCUGUGUGCUGCUGGCCUGGGCGCCUCGGCUCGACCCCGCACACCCGCUCCUUGCCGCCGGCCUCUACCUACCGCACGACAAACUUCUCUACAACCAGGUAUCAGUGUCGACGGCGGCGAACUCGGGCCAGUACCGGCCCAACGGCAUGGUGGAGGUGCGCGCUGCAGGCGGGGCAGGUGCGCGCGUCGCGCUGUUGGCUGCGCCCGCGCACUCGCACGCGGCAGGCCUUGCCGGACCUCUGGGCAACGGUUUGGAUCUGCACACGAUCGAGCGCGAAGUGGAGAGUUUCAGCGGCGUGCGGCACUCGGUGUUCAGGAACGAGGAGCGCGCUCCCGGCCUCGGCCUCGACCUGGCCGCCCGCGACCCUGCUGAUGUCUUUAAGAACGCUGGUCUCGUAAUAUUGACUGACGGCAUUGUAGUCGAAAACGAUCCAACAGGAGAGCAAGCAGAGCGCGCGGCGGCGGGCUUGCGGCCUGCGCUGGCGGGCCCCUACGCCUUCAGCCGGCUGCCCGCGCCGCCCUCGCCGCGAGUCUACCUCAGUGUCACCCCACAUCCCACAUGGAUGUUCUCCAACCUCACACUAGAUAAAGACGGUAAAGGCGCUAUGGAAGUGUGGUCUCCGGCCACGCCAGGCGAGUGGAGUAUCGGUGCGUUCUCCGUGCACCCGACGCUGGGUCUGGGGCUGGCGGCGCCGCAGGUCUUCGUCACCGGCGUGCCGCUCUCGCUCACCGCCGAGCUGCCCGACACGCUGCAGCGCGGGGAGACGCUCGCCGUCGUCAUCAUCCUGCAGAACUCCAUGCCCUCUGACGUCACCGUCGAGGUCACCUUCCACAACUCCGACCAGUACUUCGAGUUCGAACCGUUAGAGAAUACAGUCGAAGCGACCAAAAAGAUAGAGCUGUUCCGUCGUGUGCGCGUGUCGGUGGGGGGCGGCGCGGCGGCCAGCACGGCGUUCCUGGUGAGCGCGGUGCGCGCCGGCAGCGCUCCAGUCAUCGUGGAGGCCAGCGGCGGCGGACUCUCCGCCUCACUCUUCCGCACCAUUGACGUGCAGGACGGUUACGAGGAGGAGGUGUGGUCGUGGACAUUGCUGGACGGGCGACGCAGUGCUGCGCGCGGCAACGUGAGCGUGUGGGCGGCGGCGGGCACGCGGCUGAGCGGCAGCGCGCUGCUGGCGGCCGGCGACCUGCUGGCGCCAGCGCUGCGCGGACUGCGCGACCCCCCGCCCGCCGCCGCAGACCCCGCAUAUGCGCUGCGACCCCUCGCCACUGCAUGCAUACUCUUAGACUACUUACAGACAACCAACCAAGAUGAAGUAUCUAUAACAAAGGAUGCGCGCGGGCAGGCCGCGGCGGGCUACCAGCGACUGAUGGCCUACCGCCGCCCCGACGGCUCCUUUGCACAGGAACUGGAUCCAGAAGCCGGAGGCGACGUCUACAUGACAGCAGUAUCUGGUCGGUGGGUGUCCCGGUGCGCGCGGCACGUGGCGGCUGCGCCGGCGGGCGGUGCGGCGGCGCGCUGGCUGGCGCAGGCGCAGCUCCCCGACGGCAGCUGGCCCGCACCGACACAGGCACGCAACGACCCGCACGCGCAGCGCCCGCUGCCGCUCGCAGCGCACGCAGUACUUGCGCUCCUCGAUGCUAAGGGUAGCGAGGUGCUAUACAAGGAGCAAAUCAACAAAGGCGUGGAGUAUGUAGCUCGCGGCCUCGCGCCCGACCUGGACGCGUACGCCCUGGCGGCGGCGGCCAGCGCGCUCGCGGCCGCGCGACACCCGCAGGCCGGCCUCGCGCUGCAGAUGAUGGAUAAAUACGUUAACUCCUCUGAUUCGACAUUGUUCUGGUCGCGCAAGCUGCACGGGUCGGAGUGGCGCAACCCGUGGCUGGUGGGAAACAGUCUGGAGGCGCGCGCGGCGGCGUGCGGGCUGCGCGCGCUGCUCGCCGCACGACACACCGAGCGCGCGCUGCCCGUCGCGCGCUACCUGCUACAACAUCUGCGCCCCGAACACGUUCAUCCUGACGUUUUGGAUGCAUUGGCGCAAUUCUCGGAAGCGAUAAAGACGUCCAAGAAGCUCCGCGUGUCGGUAAACGUAACGGGAUUCGAGGAGCCGCGCCAGUUCAACAUUGACGACGACAACGCGCUCAUUAUUCAAACACAACUGGUGCGCAGCGCGCGGUGGGCGAGCGCGGUGACGGAGGGUCGCGGCGUGGCGCUGCUGGGUCUGUCUGCGCGCGGCGCCAGCAACGUGACGGCGGCCUGGCCGCGCUACACGCUCGACCCGCGCGUCGACCGCGUCUCCACCGAGCACCGCCUGCAGCUCUCCAUCUGUGUCGGGUUUGUUGCGCAAGGGAAUGACACAGAAAGUGGACUAGCGUUGCUGACGGUGCAGCUGCCGUCCGGUUUUCUGGCCGACAUCAAUACUAUUACAGAACUGACGUCUGCGCGUCACGUGGUGGGCGCGCGGCUGCAGCGGAGCGGGGCGCGCGUGCUGGCGUGGCUGCGGGCCGGACGCGCCGAGCGCUGCGCCACGCUGGCGGCUCCCCGCGUGUUGCCCGCCGCGCGACAACGCCCCGGCUGGGCGGACCUCGUGGACCUAGCCGACUCCAGUCACCGCGCGCGCGUGUUCUUCUCUGCGGUGUCGUCGAGCGCGUGCUCAGUGUGCCGCGCGUGGCCGUCGUGCGAGCGCGCGUGCGGUGCGGCGGCUCUGCAGCGCGCACCGGACCGCAACAACGUGUCCGGCGCACCCGGCGCUCCCGCCGCGCCCGGACAAGGCAACCCGAAUAGUGCACCCGCUUUGCAUACAACUCUCACACCGAUAUUCCUCACAGCGUUACUUCUCAUGCGGUAGAAGUAUUGCCGUUUUAGCAUCGUAUAAUUAUAUUGAAUUUGUAUUAACUGUAUAAAGUUUAAACUCACUAUCUAGAUGUUGCAAACUAUAAUGAUUAAUAAUUGUACUUAAUUAUUCAAACUAUAAAACAUCCCACUGAUACAUAUUUAGCACCGUAAAAAGUAUUUUGCGAAUAUGAGAAGACUUUAAACCCUUCACCGCGGCUGAUAUUAAGCAAUUAUGAAUAGGUAAAGUCUAUGCCAAGUGUUGUGAUAUAAUUAUAUAAAAUGGACUGGAAUUGAAAUUAUAACAUUCCUGGGCUAUUAGUAAUUAACGGCGUUACAAUCUGGUUAAAAUACAGGUAGUUGAUACUCACCACUGGUUAUAAAUUGUAUAUUAGCAUUUAUUUUUAUACAUAUUUAUACCUUUGAGUUUUAUACCUAGCUAAUAGAACUGAUACCUUUUCCAUUUAGUUGUUAUAAAAUGUGAUAUUGUUUUGUUGUGUGUAUGUCAAUCAGAAGAUCUUAAAUGAACAUUACAUUUUAUUUAAUAGAUAAUGAACUAUUUUGUUAAAUAAAGAGAUUGCUAUUUACUAAACCUUUAUACUACCAAUUCGUCUGUUUGUUUUUAAUGAUUUAAUCAUUGUAUUUGAAGAGUAAUAAAAUUAUUUAAAUUUAUUGACAAUCCCGCUUUUAUAAAACUAUUGAUUGACAUACAGUAUGUUGUAAAUAAAAAGACUAAUGAUUAUUUAAUUUAAUAGAAUAAGAUGUAAUAUUAUAGAAUUAUUAAUUUUAAAUUUUAUCUUCAGUAAAAAUAAAAAACUAAAACACG